AUGAAGAGGUUUUUCAAGCUCUUCAGCAAGGGGCAGAGGCAGCCGCCAUGCAGCAGCACUUCCGUGCCCUGCGUCGCCACUGCCUACGAGAUCCAGGAGGAGGAGCUGGGCAGACUGCACCGUGCAGCGGCCAGCGGCGACCUGACCCAGGUGCAGCAGCAGCGAUGGCUGCUGAGACUCGGCAUCAACAGGCGAGACAAGGAGAGGCGGACACCUCUGCACCUUGCUUGUGCUAACGGACAUUCGGAGGUUGUUACAUAUUUAGUAGAGAACAAGUGCAAGCUAAAUCCUUGUGACAGUUCCAAGAGAUCGCCACUGAUGAAGGCAGUUCAAUGCAAGCAAGAGCAAUGUGUUGCCAUUCUGCUAGCAAGCGGUGCUGACCCUAGUCUUGCAGAUGCUAAUGGCAACACUGCGCUUCACCUUGCUGCUAGAGCUCCUAACAUCUCUCUAGCAGGGCAGUUACUUGAGCACAAUGCACAUAUCGAGGCAAAGAAUAAGAUGGGAUAUACUCCCCUUUCUCUUGCUGUAUCUGAGCAUCAUGAAGAAAUGGUGGAGUUCCUGCUUAAAAUGGGAGCUGAUGUGCAUGCUCAAGAUCCAGCUGAAAGGACCCCUCUUAUGCUUGCUGCAUCUGCUGGGGACAUGAGUGUAAUAGAAGUCCUUCUUCGAUAUGGUGCUGAUGUUUCCCAGAAAGACAUUUCUGGAUGGACAGCUGAGGAUUAUGCUUGGAAUUCUGGACAUGAUCAUGUUUGUGAACAACUGGCAGACUACACAGAUGGGAAAAAUGCAGGAGAAGCUUCUGCAGGCUGUGCAAAAGGUGUGCCAGUGCUUGGCACUCCUCCCUGGGCAAGACCUGCUGACUUCGCAUUGGGUGCAGCUGCUCUGGACAGAGAAGUGAGAGAUGACUUUUCUCAGGAAUGCUUUGUGAGAAUGUGCGAGGAAGAGGAGAGUGAUAAGAGCUGUCCUGCUUCUGAGGAAGAAAAACUCAGUUUAGCUGCCAAGGAAGAGUCACCUGAAAGGGAGGGAGAGGAUGCUACUGAUGGUCCUCAAGUCCCGCAUACUGCAGAAGACCUUGCUGGUGUGAGAGAUGUUACAUUGGCAGCAGCAGUGGACCAGGAGGAAGAUCCACAGGAUUCCAGGAGCCUGCAUUCCUUGCCUGCAUGCCUGAGUCCAGAGGCAGCAGCAAAACUUCAGGUGUCUGCAGCCGAGAGAGAAAAGCUUGAAGGACAUGAGGCUGCCACAGCACAAACAGAUUUUCAGUACAAUGAACAAGUUAUGGUUGGACAGCUGCAGGAGGAGGUUGCUAAUGAUCUUGAAAAGCAGCUGAUCCCAGAAGGUUCACUUGAAGUUGCAAAACUUCACUGCAGUGAACUGAAAGAAGACAAACUGCAGUUACAAGAGGAACUGGAUAGGGUUAAAGCCAAGUUGCAGGAGUCGGAAGAACAGCAUAUACAAUCUGAGCAUUAUGUUCAGGAUUUGAAGACAGCCCUGGAAAAUAAGCAAAGAGAAACAAUAGCUUCAUCCCAGAAGCUGCAGGAACUUCUGAAAGCCUCUUUUGGAACCGUUAAUCUAAAACGACUGGAAGAACGAGUGGGACGACUUGAAGUUGAAAACGCCAGACUGGAAGGCACAGCCCAAAAACAGACAGAUAGAAUCAAAGUUCUUCAGAAAGACCUGCAAACCUCUGCCUCAGUUCAUAAUCGCCUGGAGGACUUGAUCACUGGCUUACGGACAAAACACACACCCUCAGAGGAAGACCAAAAUCAGCAGUGCAAGAGCAAAAGAAAGCCAUUGAAGUCACUGGCAGAAUGGACACUACCAACAGAAGCCUGUCUGGAGCAAGAAAUGGUAAGAAACAUUGAACUGCAGGAAGAAUGCAGCAGGUCCAAGAGGCUUUUGGAAAAAACUAUGAAGAAACUGAGGAUGUAUGAGAGGCAAGAGAGUGAAUCCCAAUUGAAUUUCCAGGACAAAAUGGAGGAUACAUGUUCUGCAAUGGACAGUGAAGUUGGUAGAUUAAGAACAAAGGUCUGUGAACUUUCCCACUGGUUAGAGGCAGAGUGGAGAAACUCAAGGCAGCUAGAAAAAGCAAAUAAAGGUUUGCAACAAGACUUGACUUUGAUGCGUGGGAGCUUGGAAAAACUGCGGAAGGGAAAGAGGCAGCUGGAAGAAGAGGUGGUUUUCCUCAGAUGUCAGUUAAACGCCAAGAUGAUGGAUCACAGCCAGAGAGAACAAUGUAACAGGGAGAGUGAACAAAGGGCUGGACAAGAGCUACGGCAAAAACUGCAGGAAGUCAGUCUAUUUCUGCAGACACAGGCAGCCACCCACAACAGAAUAGAACAAGCAAGAGCCGCUACUCGAGCUUCUGUGGUAGACCAACUGCAGCAGAGAAUUAGAGAUUUAGAAGUGGAAUUGAAUCUUAGAAAACGGCUGUAUUGA